AUGUCAGACAGUGAAACCGAGAUGACGGAAAGGACAACGAGCAGCGAAGAUUCUUCCUCCUCAAACGAAGUGCCUGACCUUGGUCACAACCUCGUCGUUUUCGGCUGGAUAGUGAGUCUAAAACUUCAUAUAUCAAUGAAUAUAUCUGAUUUCCACACGAACAAAUAUUUGCAUAAAAAAAUUCAUCGACGUACAAAAGUUUCUCAUAAAAAGCACCAAGUUUCCUUUUGGAACAAUUUUUUGAGUUUCGGAACAGUUUUCGUUUCGUCCUAUGUACGCGUCACUAGAAUAUUCACUUUUCUAUAAUAUCUAUAGUCAUUGUUCCCCCAAAUUUAAAGGCGAGGGAGGCGGGGCAGGGUGGGAAGCGUAGCGUGUGCGUACGCGGUUAUUGGCGCCAAUUCAAUCCAAUCGCUGCCGACUAUUUAAAAAGCUCGGCAACCGCUUUUUCUGUAUUUUCUACUAUUUUUUUGAUGCACACAUGAAAAUAAUCAAUAAAUGAUUGAAAAAGGAGCGAAAAGAGAAAUAAAUAAGCUCUCUGAAUGCUUUGCUGGCGGUUGAAUUUGAGAACCGCGAACGCACACGCUACGCGUCCUGCCCCCUGUUCCGCCUUCCUCAACCUUAAAUUCGGGAAACAUUGACUAUAUAAGAGACAUAGAAAUUUUUUACAUUAUAUUUAAAGUUGUAUGAAUCUUAAAAUGAUGACAGGCCUAUUGAUGUAAAUCUUUUCAUUUUUUUUUUCAAGUUUGCCGAGAAAAUUGGUAGCGGUGGCUAUGGCAGCGUCUACAGAGCAAUGAAAGAUGGGAUGGUGGCGGCGGUGAAAUCGGAAUUUAGUGAAGAAAAGAAGCAGAAUCUUGGAAAUGAGGUGAUCAUAAUUUCUACUAAAAAUCUCGAAAACUGGAAAAAAAGAGAAAAUUCCUAGGUUCGACAAUUGCGAUUACUACAGUGGUCGGAACACUUCUGUCGUUUAUAUUUCGCUUGCAAAGUAACAUUUAUCAGUUUUAUUGAAAAUAGCGCAAUGGAAAAUUGAGGUUCCAUAUCAGGAUUCACGCGUAAAUUUGAUGUUUAUGAGCUUUGUUGGCCGGCCGCUUUCGAGGUUUAUUUUUUAAAAAGAAAUUUUUUAAUUCAAAUGUUUCACAGACUUCGUAGAAUGAUGCCAAAAAAGAAAUUUACCAAAUCUACGGCCGCUUUGCUUGCUCUUCAGUGUUUUCAUGUUUUUUUUUGUAUUGAUAUAGCGUGAUAAAGCGGUCAUUUAUAGGCAAUCCAGGAUUUACACAGCGUUGGUCUGGUUCAUCGUGAUGUCAAAGUGAGAAAUGAAUAUCUUAUUAAUCGACCAAUAUUCAUCAGGCUAGCAACUUCGCUUGGGAUCCGGCUACUCGAAAAGCAAUCAUGCUGGAUUUGGGAUUCUGUCGACGGAUUGUCAGUUUUGAUCCUGUUCGGGAGAACAAAAUAAUCACAAUGAGUUUGAAAAAAUCGUUUCACUGUUAUAGUCUGUUCAGAUUUCAAAUGUCAAGUUCUCGCUCAAGCUCCGCCCCCUAAUAGCGCGAUAAACCAAUCAGAAAGCGAGCCAUCCACAGAGAGUUUUCGAAUGACGUCAUUCUACUUGACAUUCAAAAUCUAAACGGACUAUAAUCGAGACAUUCGGUGAUUAAAUGUCGUCAAGUUCAUUUUUGAAUAACUUUUGCCAGCUAAUUUUGCAUUUGUUUUCUCGCUUUACAGUAAAAAUUUUGAGAAAAAUUUUCCUUAGCUGGUCGAAGACCCGGAGACGAAGGAAUUGAAACAUCGGGAACCGCGCAAAUCGCCUGGAUUCACCGGGACCGAACGAUAUUGCAGCGUUUUCGUCCAUCGCGAAGUGGACCAGGGUCGACGCGAUGACAUGUGGGCGUGGCUCUACAUGAUUUGCGAAUUCUUCUCUGUAAGGCUUUCCCAUUCAGCUUUCUCUGAACUGAUGUAACGGAAUAUUCUUUUGAAAACUCUGUUUAGCUUUUUUUUUUUUUAAUUUUUCGACUCACGGGCAAAGUCCAGAAAGGACCUAAAAAGAGCCUUUGGAAAAAACAAUUCAUUUUUAUUUUUAUUUUUGUAGUCUCAUCAUUUGUUUGCUAUCAAAUUGAUGAUUGUUCCUAUAGUAUGUGUGCCACGACUUUAAAUUUUACGGAACGACAUUCCACUGUGCCGCUGCGCGCUUUUAAUUUUUUUUUUUUCUUUUAUUAUGGUGCUCUAUUUUCAUGUGCUCCCACAGUAAUAACAAACAAUUGAAAGCGUGACCUAGACUCGGAAGACGCUUCGCGAACGCACGCAGCGGAACAGCGGAAUGUCGUUCCGUGAAAUUUCAAGUCGCGGCACACAGACUAUAAGAUAAAUUAUUAAAAAAAUUAAGGGUCAAUUGCCUUGGUGCGACGAAGAAGAGAGCAAAUGGGUGUUGCGGAUGAAGCUCGAAGGAAGUGAGAAAGUCGUUCUGAAGUGUCCUCGGGAGAUGGUCGCCAUCUACGCUAGCAUCGUGUCAGUUUUGCACAUCUCGCUCUGAAAAAAAGUUCUUUUCAGGCCUCUCAAGUUCAAGUCAAAGCCCAACUACGCUUUGAUCGAGUCGAAGUUUCGGCAGGUUGGGAAAAAAAUUGAACCUUUUUUAAAUUUUUUUUUGUUUAAUGUCCUCUAUUUUUCAGUAACCAACUCGAAAGCUCUCUAGGAAAAGUUAUUUUUGAAGUGUAUUCGUUGUUGUGUCACGUUUUUUCUAUUCAAAAAUGAAUUCUAACUUUUUUUUUUCAGAUGUUUUUGCGGCUUGACAUUCACGAGUCGGACAUUAUGGACUUUGAAGAGGGCAGCAAGUUUGACGUUUUUAAUUUAGAAAACUUAAAAAGAAAAUUUUCAGGUACUACGAAGAACAUUACAAGGGCAAAAAGACGAAAUCGGAGAAGGAUUUCUCAAAGAAAAAGGGCAGCAGCGCGGGAAGCUUUUGUUGCUCAAUGGGUUUGUCUUUUCCGAAAAGUUGUCUCUGAACGUUUUCACGUCGUUCAGGUCUUCUCAAAGAUCUAAAGACGUUUUACGAUUCUCUUGAUGAUUUAUAUGAUGUUGAAUUUUGUUAAUUCGGAAGGCCGUGGUAGGGAAACGUCUUUUGAACGAGGUUGGACGAUACUUUGUUACUAUUUUUUUCUCCUAACUUUUUGAACUUCAAAAAAAUCAUAGUCUGUUUUAAAAAGGAAUCAUUUCCAUUAACUAAAUUAUAUUAACUUGAAUUAAAAAUGGUCCUCAACUUUCGUCCUUACCACGGUCUCCGAACUGGUUAAAAUGUGAUUUUGAGUCUUGUUAGAAAGUCAGUAACUUUUUUUAUUGAUAAUAUCUGACAUCACUGGACUGAUCACUAAAUGAAAUAAACUUUUUUCUCGUCGAAACUUUCAAAACUGAACUAAGGGGGAAAAGGACCGAAAUUGUUUCCCCGCAAGUCUCGACCUGCAUGCUCACUUUUUUUAAAAUUGAAACUUAAAUUUUUCGAUGAUGAAUUUGGUUUUUCUUUUCUCUCGAUAAGCCGCGACAGACUUGCGUCAACUCUUCGUGCUUUACCGAUAAAAAAUUGGCUCUACAGGCAACGGAAGGAAAGACAUGGUGGAGCUGCCGUACGUGACGAACGCCGUCAAGUCGAACACGUCGAGAAGCUCGAUGUCGUCGUACAGCGAUGACGUGAACCCCUUGGCCCUGCGGCCGCCGAAGCCGAAAGCGAAUUCGAUCAAACCACCGCCAGCUCCCGUACCUCAUAAUGACCAAAAUAGGUUGGCUUCUUUCUCCUAUAAUUCUUUUAUGAAUUUAAUUUCAGACUGGCCGCCGGACUGAAUCGCGUCAUCCGUAAGCUUGUCCCAUACAAGGUAACCAUGAGGCUAUCGAGACUUUUUCAACGAUUCAUUAUUCUUUCAGGAAAAGCACAAAUAG